UGACUGCCCAGUCCAAGGAUAUCACUCUCAUCGCCGACUUAAAAGAAUCCAUAACCAACACAAAUUUAAAAUUAUUAUUACUACACUUGCAAAGACAUAAAGUCUGUUCAAAAAUGAAGUCCGUCGCAGUUUUUCUAAUUGUUAUUUACACUUCUGGAAUUGUUAACUGUUGUUCAAAAAAGAAGGAGGCCGGGACCGUUCAUCCCACCCAGAUCUACCCCACUCCAUUCCCGAGUGGGGUACAGGUCGAAGGAAACUAUGGACAGUGGAAGUUGACGGGGACGGAAGUGGUGGCCGGUGGUGGAGGCGGGUUCGGGCGUAGCGUCGAGUUCAACGUGAUGGCCAUGAAUUUGCAGACGAAGCAUAACUUUUUCUGCAAAUUUUCUUGUAACCCGACCGGCUGUUCGGCAAUAAGCAAUAAUUCGAACAUGAAGAGAACAUUCUACCAACAAGUGCUAGAGCGGGUGGGAAGCAAUGUCCAAAUGUACAGGAGCUGUGGUCCCAGAAUCAUUUCGGACACGCGGGUCUGCGGAAAUCAGGCCGUCUUUACUCUUCAUUAAGUUAUUGCAAUAUGUCCAAUAAGUUACUUGUUUUGAUUUGUGGUAUUAAAUUGUCCUGUUUAACAUAAUUUUUAGCAACUGCGGGAAAAUGUAUAAAAUUAAAUUAUGUGGUUAGCUAGAUAAUAAAUUUCGUGUGAACUACAAAGGAUUGAAUAAAAACAGGUAACCAAAUAUA